UCUGGCCUUCGCGGCGCGCCCCCGGGACCUGUCGGGGUUGCGGCUGCUCUCGACGGAGGGGGCGACACCCUCCCCCCGCCCGGAACUUCUCUCCCCGGGAGGGGGCCACUGCAGCCCGCGUUUGAAGGCCUUGUUUGAAGAGCAAGUGAUCGAGGAGAAACCUUGGGACUCAUACCCCUCUCCCAUUUAACAGACACCCAAGCUCCACGCCCUCAUGGAGUCUGACAGCUCCGUCGCCAUCCAAUAGCAGAACUGGGAUGUUUACGUGGAAGUGCCUCAUUCUUUGGGCUGUGCUGGUCACAGCCACGCUGACCACUGCAAGACCAGCACAAACCCUGCCAGAGCAAGUUCUGCCCAAAACAAGCAUUGAAGUGGAGUCUUACUCGGCUCACCCUGGCGACCUCCUCCAGUUGCGCUGCCGGCUACGGGAUGAUGUUCAGAGCAUCAACUGGGUGCGAGACGGGGUCCAGCUGUCAGAAAACAACCGGACGCGCAUCACAGGGGAGGAGGUGGAGGUCAGGGAUGCUGUGCCCGAAGACUCCGGGCUUUAUGCCUGCAUGACCAACAGCCCCUCAGGAAGCGUGACCACCUACUUCUCCGUGAACGUCUCAGAUGCUCUUCCAUCUGCCGAAGAUGAUGACGAUGAUGAUGAUUCCUCCUCGGAGGAGAAGGAGGCCGAUAACUCCAGACCAAACCAAGCUAUUCCACCUUACUGGACGUACCCUGAGAAGAUGGAGAAGAAGCUCCAUGCUGUUCCUGCUGCCAAGACAGUCAAGUUUAGAUGCCAGUCCAGUGGGACCCCCACCCCUACAAUGCGUUGGUUGAAGAAUGGCAGGGAAUUCAAACCUGACCAUCGUAUUGGCGGAUACAAGGUUCGUGUUGCCACCUGGAGUAUCAUCAUGGACUCAGUUGUGCCAUCAGACAAAGGCAACUAUACCUGCCUUGUGGAGAACAAAUAUGGAACCAUCAACCACACCUACCAGCUCGACGUAGUCGAGAGGUCACCUCACCGGCCUAUCUUACAAGCUGGGCUCCCAGCAAAUAAGACCGCCUCUGUGGGUAGCAACGUGGAAUUUGUUUGCAAAGUCUACAGCGACCCUCAGCCCCACAUCCAGUGGCUGAAACACAUUGAGGUCAAUGGGAGCAGAACUGGGCCAAAUAACUUGCCUUACGUGCAGGUCUUGAAGCACUCGGGAAUUAAUAGCUCCGAUGCGGAGGUGCUGACCCUGUAUAAUGUCACAGAGGCUGAGAGCGGGGAGUAUGUUUGUAAGGUUUCCAAUUAUAUUGGUGAGGCUAACCAGUCUGCGUGGCUGACCGUCACCAGACCCAUGGCUGAAGCCAUGGAAGACAAGCCAGCUAUGAUGACCUCCCCUCUGUACCUGGAGAUAAUUAUUUACUGCACGGGGGCCUUCCUCAUCUCCUGCAUGAUUGUGACCGUCAUCAUAUACAAGAUGAAGAGCACCACGAAGAAGACCGACUUCAACAGCCAGCUGGCCGUGCAUAAGCUAGCCAAGAGCAUCCCCCUCCGCAGACAGGUAACAGUAUCAGCUGACUCGAGUUCGUCCAUGAACUCAGGUGUGAUGCUCAUGCGUCCCUCGCGGCUUUCCUCCAGUGGGACGCCAAUGCUGGCGGGAGUCUCUGAAUAUGAGCUGCCAGAAGACCCCCGUUGGGAGCUGCCCAGAGACAGGCUGAUUCUAGGUAAACCUUUGGGGGAAGGCUGCUUUGGACAAGUGGUGCUGGCUGAGGCAAUAGGCCUGGACAAGGACAAGCCGAACCGAGUGACUAAAGUGGCAGUGAAGAUGUUAAAAUCCGAUGCCACCGAAAAGGAUCUGUCUGACUUGAUCUCUGAGAUGGAGAUGAUGAAGAUGAUCGGCAAACACAAGAACAUCAUCAACCUUCUUGGAGCGUGUACUCAGGAUGGCCCACUCUAUGUGAUAGUGGAGUAUGCGUCCAAAGGGAACCUGAGGGAAUACCUGCAGGCUCGGCGUCCCCCAGGCAUGGAAUACUGCUACAACCCCACCCACAUCCCAGAAGAACAGCUCUCUUUCAAAGACUUGGUGUCCUGUGCGUACCAAGUUGCUCGGGGCAUGGAAUACCUGGCAUCCAAAAAGUGCAUCCACCGAGAUCUGGCUGCCAGGAAUGUUCUCGUGACGGAAGACAGUGUCAUGAAGAUUGCGGACUUUGGUCUGGCUCGAGACAUUCAUCACAUAGAUUACUACAAGAAGACAACAAACGGUCGCUUGCCGGUCAAGUGGAUGGCUCCCGAGGCUUUAUUUGACAGGAUCUAUACCCAUCAGAGUGACGUGUGGUCCUUCGGCGUCCUUCUCUGGGAGAUCUUCACACUGGGCGGAUCGCCAUACCCGGGAGUGCCGGUGGAGGAGCUCUUCAAGUUGCUGAAAGAAGGGCACCGCAUGGACAAGCCCAGCAAUUGCACCAACGAACUGUACAUGAUGAUGCGAGAUUGCUGGCAUGCUGUUCCCUCCCAAAGGCCCACAUUUAAGCAGCUGGUGGAAGACCUAGAUAGAAUUGUGGCCAUGACCUCUAACCAGGAAUACCUGGACCUCUCCAUGCCACUGGACCAGUAUUCUCCCAGUUUUCCAGAUACCCGCAGCUCCACCUGCUCUUCAGGAGAGGACUCUGUGUUUUCCCACGAUCCCCUCCCCGACGAACCUUGCCUCCCCAAGCACCCGCCUCAGCUUGCCAACGGUGGACUCAAGAGGCGCUGACCCUGCGGCUUCCAUGGGCCGUUUGCAACCCCUCUGUGCGUACGAGCGUGGCAUGCGUGUGUCAGUGAGUGAGUCUGCGUGCGUCUGUGUGCGCACUUCCCUUCCAGCUGGACUGGUGGCAGAGCGCCGCUUGGGACAGCCGUCCGAGUCACCUUUUCACUGUUGCAUUCAUGAACUGCGGAGACGCCAUUCCGAAUAAGCAAACCCACCGUCUUCUUCUCAAAGCUGCCAUUAUUACAAGCCCUCAAUCUCCAGAAGAGGUGUUUGUAGGUGUUUGUAGGUAUUCAAGAGGUGCUUGAAUACUCCCCGUGGAUUUAAGUUGAACUAUUUCCCCCACACACACUUUUGGCCAGUGUCUAAACAAAACACGGAGACCCAGACACCAGUUCCUAAACAGCAACGUGCUGUCACUUUUCCAAGAAGGAUUCUGAGAAGAAUAACAUUCCUGUGAAGAGGAGGGGCUUUUCCAACUCUCUUUUUCUUACUUCCAAAUCCAAGCCACCCAACUUCUAACAGCUCAAUAAGCUAACAGCAGAGCUGAGGUGCAAAUCCUGUAGCACCAAGACACCCUGGAUCCAGCUGCAAACUGGAAUGUCUUAGUGCUUGAGUGCCUGUCGCGAUACGGUACCAGCCUGGAAUCCGCACCCGGGACCGCCUCUUAACUCCAGUGCUCUCACAGCACAAUCCUAUGCAUGCUCGUUCUGAAGCUUCAAUGGGUCUUACACUCAGGAAAGUGUGCAUAGGAUUGCAGCCUUAAUGUGUGCUUUGCUGACCAAACAUGGAAACGACCAGGUACGACAACAUCCAACAUCUUCACAGCACUGACAUAAAACUUAAAAGGAGGCGGCCAAGUGAAACCAGUGCUCAGAAGAUAAAAGCAAAACAAAAAUCUUGUGUACAUAGCUGCAAAAUGUAUAAAUAUGAAUUAUAUAUUUACAUGUCCUUUUUUUUUUUUUAAUGGUGGUUACCAGAGAUAAUAUCACUUUGGUAGUAAGUUACUAGUGGCUGGUAGGUAUCAGUUGCUAUAAAAACAAAUCAUAUAUUUUGCUACUUUUGCUGGUUUUGUUUUUUUUAAAUUAUGUUCUAAAAUUUAUUUCAGUUUAGGUACUUCAAUAAAAAUUGCUGCUGCUUCAGUUUUA